AAUGCCUAACGCGCCUUUCCGGCGACCCAAAGUUAUUUGGUAGCUAAACUACGUUAAUUGUUAAUAUCAGCAAAACAUUCAUAGAUAGACACUCAACACACCUCUAUUAGCGACAACAGUAUCUUACAAAGUAAAACUAUAGUGCGUCGCCGACCACGAAAUUGAAAGGUAAUCUAAAGCAGGUUGCUACGGCAUCCCGUUUAGGUCAAACUUCACAACGACGCCCACUAGGGGGCGUGCUUGUUGAGGAAAUGACAUUUAGAGUCUUGCAGUCGCUUCGAUUUGUCUGCGCUUACUGCAGUGAUCAUUAUUGAUUUAAUCAGAAACACAAAUGUAGAAAAAAAGAGUGAAUAGAAAUAAACACCGUGAAAUAAACACAAAAAUCCGUCUUUUCGUGUACUAGCCGGCUCAAUUGAGUCUGACGUGGCUGACUGCAUGGUUAGUAUGAAACGUGCAUAAAUGUCAGCAAAAAUACUUUCUCCACCGGAAUAAAGGCUGGUGAACAUUAGUGCAUGUAUGGAGACACUUGCAGCGGAGGCUCCACCUUUUAUAGCGGUCCAGUGACCUCACCAAUGGGCUGGAUUGGAAGGGUGGGAUUUCCAGGCUUUCACAGCGUUGUUCCUGCCUCCAAGGAUCUCUGCACAGAUUGGACUGAUUGUACCUGUAAUCGCACCAGAAAGGCCACAUUGGAUCCGUUUUUCCAUGCAAUUCCAAGCGGGAUAAACAAUUAAGGAAUGUGGACAUUACAGAAUGCCCACCAGCGCUGGAAAGAGAUUUAAACCCACCAAAUACAUCCCAGUGUCCACAGCCGCCACUCUCCUUGUGGGAUCGACCACUUUAUUUUUCGUUUUCACGUGCCCCUGGCUGACUAAGGUGAUCUCCCCCGUUGUGCCUCUCUACAAUGGCCUCGUCUUCCUCUUUGUCUUGGCCAACUUCAGCAUGGCGACCUUCAUGGACCCUGGCGUUUACCCCAGAGCGGACGAGGAUGAGGAUAAGGAUGAUGACUUCCGAGCGCCCCUCUACAAGAACGUGGAGAUCAAGGGCAUUCAGGUCCGGAUGAAAUGGUGCGCCACCUGUCACUUCUACAGGCCGCCUCGGUGCUCGCAUUGCAGCGUCUGUGACAACUGUGUGGAGGACUUCGACCAUCACUGCCCUUGGGUGAACAACUGCAUUGGACGAAGAAACUAUCGCUACUUCUUCCUCUUCCUACUGUCUUUGAGCAUCCACAUGAUGGGAGUUUUCACCUGCGGCCUCAUUUUCGUCCUCCACCACAGGGAGAGACUGGGAGCUCUGCACACAACCGUCACGCUGGUGGUGAUGUGCAUCGCUGGGCUUUUCUUCAUUCCCGUCAUGGGUCUAACGGGUUUCCACAUGGUGCUUGUGGCGCGAGGUCGAACCACCAAUGAACAAGUUACGGGCAAGUUUCGUGGAGGAGUAAAUCCCUUCACUAAAGGUUGUUGUGGCAACGUGGAGUACAUCUUGUGUAGCCCUCUGGCGCCAAGGUACACGCUGGACCCUCGAAAAAAGCCUCACAUCAAAGUCCAACCCCCGUUCAUCAGACCAGACCUCUCAGACAGGCAAAUCACGAUCAAGGUCAAUGACAAUGGCAUCCAUGGCACCAUCAUCAGCUCUAAGUCCAAAAGCAGCAUAGAUGGUCUGGAUGACAAAGAAACGCAGCCACCACUGCCACCAAAAGCCGACAGGUACAACCAGGUGAAAAACCAUCUGACCUCCAGCGAGGAAAGCUCUCUGUCUGGUAAGACCCAUCCUUCCACUCCAGCCAUGUACAGGUUCAGACCGUCCUUUGGUACCAUGCCAAAAGUCCACUAUCACACGGCAGGGGAUAAGAUUGUCAUGCCUGAUGACCAAAAGACCUCAGCUAUCAUGGAGGAGGGUGUUCGGGGUCACGACUACCGAUCCGAGCCAAACUUGGAUCUUCCAGAGUACACUAAUGCUCCCCUUCACCGCACCUUCAAGUCGUCUCCCUUCCAGCUGGACUCGGACCCGGUCAACUCUCGGACUCUGAGCCUGAAGCAGGCCCACCAGCGUUCAGAGAAGGGUCAUCUUGUGGGUCUGCAGCCUCAGGCGGUCACCUCCACCCCCUAUAAGAGCGUUUUCUCUCCUAACACGCUCUCCAACCGCAACGGAAGCCUAUCCUAUGACAGCCUGCUCAACCCCAGCACCACCCCGCCCACUGCCAGUGAGUGCUUGGCCCACCGUGGCGUGCCGCCAAUGGGCUUCCACUCACCCUACCUGCCGACCAAAAUGUGCCACAUUCGGGAACCAGAGAUGCAGAGACAGCAGGUUGCCGCCACCUACAGUCCAGCCAUGCCACCCAGGGGGGUGGGCCGGCAGUCCCCUCACCUCCACGACAGGGAGCCCUCCCCGGUGCGUUACGACAACCUCUCCCAAACCAUCAUGGCCUCCAUCCAGGAGCGGAAGGAGAGAGAGGAGCGGGAGAAGCGCCACAUGCGACACGGGCAUUCCCAGACACAUAUCUACGCUCAGGACUCUGGUGUGUUUGAAGGCUCGGGAGGCUAUGGCCUCCCACCCAACCCCUGCUACCCUGACGGGCCUCGCUGUGCGGGCUCCAGAGGCCCGACACCUCCGGCUUACGGAGGCUCCAGAGACAACCUGAUGGGGGUGGGGCUGAGCUAUGGCCAGAGAACACCUAUAUUGCGCCAGGCUGGCUCCACUCUGGGCCGAGCCCCGAGGACUUCCUCCAGCUCCUUGCACACAGAUCACAACAGCACCAACAACAACCACGGGAGGGUCUCUGGCCCUGAGGGCCCUUACCGCUCCCCCGCCCACCAGCCCCACUCCCCUGCCAUGCCCCGAUCUCCCUCCUACUCCCACCAGAAACUCUCAUACAUGAGCACCCAGGAGAGGAUAGACUCACCUCGUCUGGGAGGGUCAAGAGAGGCCGUGAAAGUUAACGGCCACAUGGAUUUCCACCCCAGUGCCAAGGGUGCCGCCGUCAGUCCCAGUCGCCACGGUAAUGUCAAAAAGGUGACUGGCGUGGGAGGCACCACCUAUGAGAUUUCCGUGUGAGCGGGGACAACCAAAACCACCUUUUCUGAUGGAGUUAGUCUAGAAUACAACCAAUCAGAGUUGCUCUAUGUUGGUGUCAUUCCUGCCCAAUCACAGGAUCCAUCUGCUACCGUGUUGUUCUGUGUGUGUGUGUGUUGGGUGUAUUUAUCAGCAGUAUGGGUGAGGGCUGUUUUAUCAGGUUGACCAAAUGUCAUAUAAACAAUUAAUGCUUCAACUUAAACAAAAUGCCACUGAGGGGGAGUAAAAUACUUUUCCAAACGUGUGGACCCUCCCCUCGGCCUCAAGAAGUCAAGGUGCUUCAAGACACCGGGCCCCUUAAAGAAGACCCGCACCUUUUUAAAGUGUGUUUGUUUGGAAUGGAUGCAACGAGUCCAUCAGUGUCUUUGAAGACUUAUACGUGAGGAUUCCACCUGCCUUCCAGAAGGUGCAGGCUUCUCCUGGACCAUCAGAUGACCUCACCACCAAACUUAAUGCUUUCAUUCAUGGAAUUUCUUGUCUGCUUUGGUGUUUGGUAGUAUUAUAUUCAAAGUAGUAAAAAAAAAAAGAAAAAAUGUAACGAAUUAAUUUGCUUAUACAGUGGAACCUCAGUUAGCGUCCGCCCCGGUUGGCGUGUUUUUCUUCUAACAAAGAAGCUAGCUUGCUAACAAAAUGGCAACCAGAACCGAAAGUCAGCUACUUUGCCCAUCCAUGAUGACAUCAGCGGUUGACUCUCAAAAAUGAUCACACAAAACAAUUUUUUUUUUUUACAGUUUUAUAUGCAUAAAACAAUUUUAAAUGCAUAUAAAUGACAACUGAAAGGGGAUAAAUGAACCUUUAGGUUACUUUUACCUUCAUGGAAGAUGUGAUUUUUGAUGUGUUCCCAAAGACACGUGGCAGGGAGACACAACACAGACACAAGCUUCCUCUCUUGUCGUGAGUUAUUUCUUGAGCUCAGUAGUGUUUCUUACCUUCUGUAUCACAAUGAUGUCUUGAAACUUUCUUUGGCUCCAUUUUGGGUUAUUGACGUGACAAACACAACCGAAUUCAAGAAAUAACUCAUGGCAAAACAGGAAGGUGGUGUCUGCCACAUCGUGUCAAUGACGAGUCACAUAGAAAUUAUGUCUUCAGUGAAGGUAAAAGUAGCCUUAAAUGUUCAUUUACCCCUCUCAUUCAUCAUUUUUAUCAAUCCAUCCCUUUUCUAUGCCGCUUAUCCUCAUUAGGGUUACGGUGGUAUGCUGGAGCCUAUCCCAACUGAUUUUGGGUGAGAGUCGGGGUACACCCUGGACUUCACAUAUAGACAAACAACCAUUCACACUAACAUUCAUUUCGAGUCGCCAGUUAGCCUAACAUGCAUGCUUUUGGAAUGUGGGAGGCAACCGGAGUACCGGGAGAAAACCCACGCACAUGCAAACUCCACACAGAGAUGCCCAAGCGGAAAGUUGAACCUUCCUAAUCUCCUGUGUGGCCAACAUGCUAACCACUCGGCCACCAUGCGACCCUCCUCAUUUAUAUGCAUUUGCAACUGUAAAACUAUUUUAAAACAAUUUGGCUUUCUGGAACGGAUUCAUUGGAUUUACAUUAUUUCUUGUGGGAAAAAUUCAGUUAUUGUCCGUUUCGGUUCGAGUUGAACCUUCUGGAAUGAAUUAAUGACGCUAACCAAAGUUCUACCGUACACUUAAUGUUUCAAACGUGAUGGAUUUUAGAGACUUUUUUUGUGAUCAACAGCCACACUAUAGAAGGGCUCAUGGAGAGCAGACCUCCACCAGUGUAAAGGGGAAAGAGUAUAUUUAUCUCAUCAUAAAAGGUUCUUGAGCACAAAAGGAUGGCUAUAAAGCAGAUACAGGCUAUGUAACAUUGUAAAAAAAAAAAAAAAAAAAAGUAUUACAUAAUGGUGGAAAGUAGGGACGCUCCGAUCAGGGUUUUACACUUAUUCAGAUACCGAUCAUCCAUGAGUAAGCUUGGCUGAUACCGAUCGCAUGCAUCAACUGUAGAUUUUUCAAUUUAUUUAUGUGGUAUUGACCAGGGGCGCCGUUAAACAAUUCCAAGGACCCCUGGCGAAUACCUAAUUAUUAAAAAAAAAACUUUUGCCUUUAUUUGUGUGAAACGAUUUUCGUACUAUUUGACACAAACCUGAAUUUAAUUUGAUCCACGUUUUGGAGUAGUGUCAUACAAAUACAUGGGAAAUAAAUUGUUUAAUACAUAUUUUUUUAGUUCAAGAUGAAAAAAAUUAACUGAAUAAAAUAAUACAAAUAUAUAUCUUUAUUAAAUAGUAAUCUGUCCUGCUCAACUUCAAACAGAAUAAAUUUAUUUUCCAGGUUGCAGGGGUCUCCAACGUUCAUCACUGGUAGAGCUGUCAACUAUUUGUGGGUUAAUUAUUGCUGGCAACGUUUAAAUUGUACACGACUUUAUUUACCAAGCAGACCUCCACUCAGUGUGGCCAUCAUGUUAAUGCUAUUUUGUGCUCAUUUGCCAUAUAGUGGGGUUACAGUUACUUCAUUGUUAAGGUGAAGGAGAUAAUGACGUAACUGUAACCCUACUUUUUAUACCCUGUAUAAAGGUAUAAAGUCGGAAUUGGACAGCUAUAACAAAGACCUACUCAGAGUUAAAGCAAAUAUUCUUUUGACCCUCAGGUUUGCUGCUCAAAAUCAGCUAAUGUAGUAUCACCAUCAUAAGGCUGGACACACUAUGUGUUUAUGUUCAUUAAACAAUCACACACAAAUAGUGUUUUGAGGACAAUUAGUAUAAUGACAAUAGGAGAGUAAGGUUGCUCAGUGACACUUACGUACCCCAUGAAGUCUGAUAUCCACUUGUGGCUUCCCCGUGGGACAAAAACGAGCGCUGCACUAUCCACAUUGCCUGUUUGUUUUAAAAACAAGAUGCCACUGUGGUAAAAAGUUACAUUUGGAGCUGUCCCUACGUCCCAAGACCAGAAGCUAGGCGGAUAACUCUAGCUAACGAGCUAGCUAGCUGCUGCCAGUGACAGCUCGGCAAAGCAUGUACACAAAGAUGCAAGAUAAGUUGAACGGCGAUACGUUUGAUAAGGGAGUGAUCAAACACGCUGGCAUCGAUUGGCUUAGCCUGUGUCAAGCCGUCAAACUGAAUUCAUGAGCUUUGACAGACUAGUUUUUAUUCUCGCUGCAACAGGGGACAAUGUGAGUCAUUUGUCGACUCAAUACUUUGAACGGCAUAAUUGGCAAGUGUUUUAAGGAAAUCGGCCGAUAUUGAUCGGUAGCUGAUCGAUGGGAGCGUCCCUAGUGCAAAGUAUUAAAAGCUCAGUUUUUGACAUGUUCAGGUCUCAAUAGUGGCCACAUUACACACACACACACACACUUCUGCGAUUAAAUGACUUGAAUAGUAAUGUUUAUUUUUCUUACCAAACAAAUCUGACAAAAAAAAAUGCCUGACUUGAAACAAAUAUUAUGGAUAUUAAGACUCAGCCAUUGUUGCCUUCAAGUAGAGUUGCGACAUGAGAUGUAGGUAUGUUCUCUACAUGAAGAUUUAGACAAUGGAAGCAACAAUUUUAUCUUUCAUUGAUAAUGAACCAUUUCUUUUCUUUGCUGGUCAACUUUGUCAGUGUUUCCCAUACAUUCAUUUAUUUGUGGCAAGAUUUGGCACGACCACAAACACAUUACAAUGCACCUGGUCUGCCAGACAAUAAAGACUACGUAGCUGGCGGGCUCAGAGUUCCCAAUUCAGUGAUGAGAUUUUAGGAGUCUGACAGAAAAGCUGCAGUGCCCCUCCCCUAUCAAAUUUAAUUUCUCAUUUGUAGUUCUAAACAUAUUCGUUUUGCUUUUCAGCAUUUUUCCCCUCACUUUUUGCAAACAUGUCAUACCCCUGCAGCAGCCACAAAUAGAUUGCAGUCCUGUGGGAAACACUGACAAGAAACAAAUGGUACAGAUUGGUGUGUUAAUAGCUACGCUACUGUAAAUGUCAAAUCUAAACUUGGUCUGAUGGUUUUGAUGUUUAACAUUGCUUGGUAAGAAUCCUAACAUGUCGGUUUGAGCACAUACACAAAGUGGAUGUCAACACCCCACAGCUGAUUUGACCUUCAGACACUUCAACAUUGACUUAAUUGUAUUAAAAUAUAGACUAUACUAUAAAUGUGUUCCUAUUUUUGUGAAGAGGAAAUAUUUCCUGAGCAGAGUAAAUAAAGUUUUCUUUGAGCAAAUUAUUCUUCAUAAAAAAGUAGCAUGUAUCUUUUUUCCCCAAUAUAAAACAAUUCACUGUGAUUUAAUAUCUUCCAAGAAUGUUUCUGUGGAUACAAAGAUGGUUGACAGUGUUUUAUUGGAAGGUGGAGGAGACAUUUCCAAUCAUUGAGUGCAAAUGAGAAGCAACAUAUCAUCCAUGUACAAGUAUUUACAGAUGCACUGGCACUUGGAUGCACUUUAGGGUGGGGGGUAAGGUUUACAAAUUUGGUGAGGAGGAUUGGGAAAAGGUUUGACAAGAUUCACAUCGGGGAAUGUUAGCUAACAAAUUCCUGUGGAGGAAUUGAGGUUGGCGUGGAGUGGAGCUCUGAUGAACCGUUGACUUGCAAAGAAAAGACGGGGCUAAGUGCAUCUGAUGGCCAUCGACUGUGUGCAGUGGGCCCAAUCAACUAUUUCUACACGCGUCCACUGACAAGUACGUCUUAAUGCAACAAGCAGUGGAAGCAUGGGCAGGGCAAGAAGGCCCGUUGAAAUGCAUCAUGGGAUGUGAUGCUGCUCUUCCAUGACGCCUGGUCCCUGACCCUGUGCUGCUAUCUAGCAGGCUACAUUUUCCUCUCCCCCAACAAAAAACUCUGCUUCAGAACAAAACAAAAGACCCCAAUGUGGGAAUUAUUAUCACAAGCCUCGUCACAGUUUGUCAGAAGUUAACACGGUCAUGACCACAAAGUGUGGCCUGUUAUGAGAAGGGGAGGGGCGUUGGCUUUCACUAUUUUUCUUUGUUUCUCCAAGUAGCAUCAAGGACUUGUGAGGCAAAACAGAGCAUUAAAAAAAACAAAAACUAAUGUCAAGUGUCCAAAUUCAGUUCGUUUAGAGUCUAUUGUAGAAAAAGAGGAAAAAAAACAA